CGUUACGAGCUCUCUCUCUCUCUGAUCAUUUCUGCUUCAACUCUUUCCGUUGACUGGUCUUCUUCCUCCUUAUACGCCACCGUUUUAGCUCUUCUUCUGCUUCUGCUUUCUCUCAGUGAUCAAUUAUGCGCAUGUUUGGCUGCUGAGAAACGGUCAGAAAUCAACUCCAGCUGAUUGAUUCUAGAAUAUUAUCCAAAAAAAGAAACGAAAAAAAAACUGUAAUUUAAUGGGGUAAGACAUAUAGGAGUGCCAAAGGAUGAAAGGCAUUUGGUAGAUCCGCAGGCUGCAUGGGAGGAUUGUUGCAUCUUUUCGAUUUCGAUAAGAGGAGCAUGGCCAGAAAAGUUCUUCCACACAAGAAACAUGUUGAUGUUUCUAAUACCAUGCAGGCCUGGAAGCUCCUCGAAAUAGCCUCGAGCUGCGUAUCGAAACGUCUCAGAGCUAUCCUGUUGGAGAUUUGCCGUUCAUAUCAGGUGGAAGAAAACUGGUCUGGAAAGAAUUGCUAUCCAUUUGAAUCUUCAAUGAAGAAAUUGAUUAACGAGGAAAUUUCCAAACAUUCAAGUACAAGACAAAAUGCACCAAGCAUUGUCGCCCGGCUAAUGGGAAUGGACACGUCAACUUUAGAUGCAAAGUCUGUAGCUCAUCCAAUUGAGAAAAAGAAUGACAACACGAGAUUAAAGUGUUCGAACAAGGAGGCAAGUGGAAGGGGUCUAAUUGGUCAUGUCUCUUCUAACUCAAACUCUUCUAGGCAGAUGAAACUUGAUUUGUCUUACCAUGUUGGAGAGAGAGACUCGGGUAGAUGGAAAAAUGGCCAGAAGUCAGGGAAACCGAGGAGUCGAGAACAUCCUCAAGAGGAAGAACUACAGAAGUUUAAGAAAGAAUUUGAAGCAUGGCAAGCAGCCAGGUUCAGGGAGUGUUCGAAGUUCGCCGAACUCAGAAGCAUGCCGUCACAGUUGCUUGCUCAAAAGGACCUCAACAAGGUAAAGAUGGAACUCUAUGCAAAACCGGGAAGAAAAGCAAGUGAGAAGCCUGUAAAUUCUAGUGGCCACACACAAAAAGCAAGGGCACAUGACAUAGGUGGUUUCCAACAUCAUGAAGAUAAGAUAGAAACAUUCCAGUUUGAAGAAAGGAACUAUUUUCCAUCGAAAAAUAGAACCUCAGUCAGAGACUUUGAGCAACCCUCCAUGAUGAGUACCACUAAUUCGAAACUCUUUGCUCCUUCUGGUCCGACUAGGAUAGUUAUUCUAAAGCCUGGUCCUGAUAGGCUUUAUGACCCUAGAGAGUCAUGGACAAAUUCUCCAAGCUCUUUAGAGCAGAGAGGUAGUAUAGAAGACUUUCUUGAGGAGGUGAAAGAACGGCUGAAAUGUGAAAUGCAAGGGAAAAUGCUUAGAAGGGGUUCUGUUGUCCGAGGAAGUGGGAUUGAGACCCCUUAUAGUGAAAAGCCAUCAGAUCCUAAACAAAUUGCUCAGAACAUAGCGAAACAGGUCAGAGAAAGUGUGAGUAGGGACAUUGGGACAAACUUGCCACGAUCUGAAUCAACAAGAUCGUAUAAAAGUGAGAUUCAGUUCAAUGGACCAAGUUCUCCAGAGUUUGUCAGUAGAGAUACAAGGAGAUUUGUGUCGGAGAGACUUAAAAAUGUUUUAAAGAAAGAAACGGAUAUGCGAAGAGUUGUCGGUGGCCACUCAAGGUCAUACAGUGUGUUAGAUUUUGACAGUGAAAGUGUCAGAGAAAAACAAGCAGGAGAUACUUCAAAGGAUGGAAAUGAAGUGAACAGCAUUGAAAUCCUGAAAGAUGAGUGGGAAAUGCAAACCAGAUCCUUCAGGCAUGGGCUAGGAGAAGACGGAUUCCUCCACAGAGAGUUGUCCCCUAAAAAUCUCGUCAGGUCAUUGUCAGCCCCAGUAUCAGGCACAUCUUUUGGAAAACUUCUUCUUGAGGAUCGCCAUAUUUUGACUGGUGCCCACAUCAGAAGAAAGCACGAAGCUACUGCAAAUACAUUUGUUGACAUAAAGAAACGGAAGAAAGAAAGGUUUAAUUUCAAAGAAAAAGUUUCCAGUUUCAGAUACAGCUUUCUGCUUAGGGGGAGACUGUUUGGAAAGAAGAUUCAAUCAGUGAUGGAAUCAGAUGUUCCCGAACAUUAUCCUAUGAAAGAUAUCAUGAGUGGUCCAACAGUUGUUACAAACUUCGGUGAGAGAUAUGUAAAGGAGAACUUUACUGAGGUGCCUCCUAGUCCUGCUUCUGUGUGCAGCAGUGCUCAAGAAGAGUUCUGGAGGCCAGUUGAUCAUCUUAGCCCUCUCUCAACACCAACACCAGAUGUGACUCCCUGUGAUGAAUAUGUUCUUCCGCAAGUUUUUAGAGAGAUCAGCUCUAAUCUAAAUGAGCUACGGAGGCAACUAAAUCAACUCGAGUCUGAUGAGCAGGAGGAGCCAAUAAUUCAACCAAAGCAUGUGGAGUCUGAAAUAUUCGAGUCAAAGGAUCCAGCAGAAGCUUACAUAAGAGAUCUACUAGUUGCAUCUGGUUUAUAUGAUGGAUCAUCUGACAAGUUUUUGUGGAGAUGGGAGACAUUUUCAAAGCCUAUCAGCACAUCAGUGUUUGAAGAAGUGGAAGAAUCUUAUAAAAAAUUGGCCAAGGACCAGACGGAGAAGAAGGUAGAUCACAAGCUGUUACUUGAUCUGUUAAAUGAAGCACUUUCAACUGUUCUUGGACCACCUUCGGAGGCCAAGUCAACAGCGUCCAAGUUGAAAAGAAACUCAAUCAGUGCCUCCUCAGGUUUUCCAACUUUACAGGGAAAGAAAUUGUUGAAGUGUGUUUGGGAGAUUAUAUGUGAACACUUGUACUCUCCCACUGAUAGAUCGAAUUUCUCUCUCGACGGAAUGGUGGCGUGGGACCUGAGAUUGACCCCUUGGACUGGACUGAUGGACGAUGAAGUUAGAAGCAUAGGAAGAGAGAUGGAAAGUCUAAUUAUGGGAGAUUUAGUAGAGGAAAUUUUGGAGGAUAUGGAGCUUUCUGGUUAGCGAAAGGGAUGAGAUUUAGUGGGAUGGCGUAUAUAUCAUAACAAGUACAUACAUUUAAUACAUAUUGAUAUCAAAAAUUGGAGAUUACCAUAAUUGUUUGAUAGUUUAUAAGUUUUGAAAGUGAGAUAUUGCAUGUGCUUGUACAUAACUUUGUACUGGGUGUUUGUGAGGUAGACGUUGGAUUUAUUUAGAGUUAAUAAAGAG